CGCUGCUUAUUUAGGGGUAAUCUGGGAGAUAGGGAUAGUGUUUGGGGGGAGAAAAAGCCGUGGGGUCAGGGUCCUACCUGCAGGGGAGCUUUGGGCAAUGAAGACGCUACUGGCUGGGGAGGGAGAAUGAAGAGAAGAGGAUCCGGACUGCCCAGGCCAGCCGAUAGCAGGCUUCUGCUAUCAUUAAUGGCCCUCCCCGGAUCUUGGCAUUAGAAGCUUGAACCUUCCCUGCUAUUUGGGCACCCCUGGGAAUAAGCCUAUCUGUGGAGGGUUGGCUAAUGUGGAAGAGGAUUGGGAGGUAUACCCUGACGGUGGGGGAGGAGGGAGGGGAUGAGAGAAAUGGGCAGAAUCUAGCAUGCAUCAUGCCCUUUACCUCCCCUCCCUUGUCCCCACCUUUCCCAUGGGCCAUGUAGACAGGUGGAGGCAGCACAUCUGUAACCCUCAGAAAUGAGAAAACAGGCCUGCUUUGGUGGUGGUAGGGCGGUCCUGAGGGUUUCAGAGGGGAAGAUAAGCAAGACUGUAUGGGGGAGGGAGCUAGGUGUUCCUGCACCGCCCUGGUUCGACACUUGGUGGGGGUAGCUGCUUUUGUUACCUUGCAGCCCUCCGCCGCAGACCCAGGGUUCCACGGAGGCCCAUUUGGGAGGGCAUCUCUUCUAUCCUGGCUGGGCUUUAACUCGAAGGUGCUUGAAGCUCUUCUCCCAUCGGAGAAUUCUGGGUUCGUGCUUUUCCUCAGAGCCUGCAGGGGGCAGCGGCCACUUGGAGAAAGUAGAGGGACCGCAGAGCUUGUAUGGAAAAUGGAGGCAGGGGGUUGCGGUGGAAUUCCAAGAUGAUUCGCCACCCCAGGAAAUGCCUCAGAGAAGGAUAUCAGGAGGUAGCAGUGAAGGACCUGGAGUCACUCCCACCUCUCCUAGGUGUUAGCAAGCCAAGCUGGUCUCUGCGCUAGAACUGACUAACUCUUUCUUGAGCAGCCUGUCCAUCCCUAACGUUGACCUAGAAAUCUCUAGUUGAGUACAAACUGGCCAGCUUUGGAGGGCCAGAUUAGGAGUUGGCAGACUUUUUGCUGGAGGAGUGAUCCACCAGCCUCGUCCCUUCAUCCCUCCCACCUCCCAUCCCCACCAGUGCUCAGUCUGACCCAGAGUAAAUGUGUGCUUUGAGGGCUAAACUGGGACCAAAAGAAGCGUGAGUGGUGAUUUAGUGGGGGAGCCAGCCAAGAGGAACUUUCCCAAGAUGGAUGGAGCUGAGGAAAAGAACGUCCGAAGAGAAGCCCCAGAAAGAGAGGACCUCAGAUCCAGACGCCUUCCCUCCCAGCUUCUAGAAUACCCAGCCAGCUGGUGGCCCGUCCAGCUGUUAACCAGCUGGGCUAGGACAAGGGAGUUGUGUGUUCCAUUCAAGAGGGGCUCCCUGGGUCUGACGGAGGGGGGUUGGAGAGCUCUUCCUACAGCUGUCAGGUGUGUCUGGGGGGAGUUGAAUUGGGGGUGGGAGCCGCUCUUAGUCCCUUGUCUGAGCUGGCUAGAGGAGGGAGGAGGUUGAGAAGGCAGCCAGAAGCCUGAGGGUGUUUGGGCUAUGAAAUUAGGUGGGGGGUUGUAGCAGGAGUGACCAGACAGGGUAUGUGUGGUAGGGGGAUUAGGGUGUUUGUACAGCUUAUCCUGGCUGGUUUUGUGAGGGAGUCUGGGUGAGCUAAAGGCAGGGUUUCCCUCUUGAGGAGGGGAAGGAGAAGUCCCUAUGUUCCCCCACCCCCACCUCUUCUCUUGACUAGGCUGUCCCAGCUCUGCCUCCUGGCUGGCUGCCAACCCCCUAUUUCCGUCGGGCACCAGGGCAACAGGGACACAUGGGGUCUGAGCCAGGAGCCAUACAACUGAGCUUGGAGGCAAAGGGGAUGGAAGAAGGGUCUCCAAGGAGCCUGCCUUAAGGAAAGGGGAAAGGGGCAUUACCUGAACCUGGUAGCCUUGGAAAGGGGCUAUGGAGUUCUCUGUCUCUGGGCUAGUUACCUAUUGGACUGAAAGAUUCAGUUUCUUCGGGGCCCAACACUGCCCCCUACCAACUUGUCCCCACCCCCAUCUAAGGGGUUGUCUGGAUGAGUGGGGGCUGGGAUGGGAGGCAGGAGACAGGGGGCCUUGUAUACAGUGAGAGAGGGAGUGGGGGCAUGGGUGACUGGGAAAUCCAAAGGAAGCCCAUACUCCCCCCCAUUCCCACCGCCCUCUUGGCUACAGUUCAGAAAGGUCUUUUUUUUCAGCCAAUGCCAGAGCUACUCAGUCUGGGAGGGGAGCUACAGAGGAGCAAGGGUUGGAGCUGUGAUUACUGAACUAGGCAGUGGGUGAGACCGAGCGAGACCCAGGCAGAGAGCCUGUGGAUAGCCAGCUGACCAGCCCUCUUUCCCAGACAGCUCUGGAAGAGUCCUGAAGCAGGAACAGGGAAGGAAGCAGCACACCCACCCUUCUGUGAAGUGGCUUUUGGAGAGUGGGAAUGUUGGGAGCCUUUGAGACAGAACCCCCAGUUGCCUUGCCUUUGGUGGGGAGCCCUGGCCUUGGGGGCCAGGAGGCUCCCACAUCUUACAGCUCUUACCAACUCAGGGUCCUGAAGUUCCAGUGACCUUUUCAUAUAGUACUUUUUUUUUUGAGGGUGACGGGGUUAGGGCCAGCCUCAGAGAUGCUUCGCCGGUUUCCUGGUCUAGAGUUUUCCUUCCCUUUCCUGACCCGGCUUCGACUUCGCCUUUACACAAGGCUGGAAGGAAGCAGUAUGCAGGCAGAAGAGGGCACUGGUUGGUUGCUUGAGCUACUGGCCGAGGUUCAGUUGCAGCAGUAUUUCCUUCGUCUUCGAGAUGACCUCAACAUCACCCGCCUGUCCCACUUCGAGUAUGUCAAGAAUGAAGACCUGGAGAAGAUUGGCAUGGGCCGACCUGGCCAGCGGCGGCUGUGGGAGGCCGUGAAACGAAGAAAAGCCAUGUGUAAGCGAAAGUCCUGGAUGAGCAAGGUUUUCAGUGGCAAGCGCUUAGAUGCAGAAUUCUCCACUCCUCAGUCACAGAAUACCUUCAGAAAGACGUCACCCAUUCCAGGGAUCUCAGUCGGGGAGGGGUCUCUGCAGAGCCUUACUUGUCUCAUCGGGGAGAAAGACCUGAAUUUAUUUGAGAAGCUAGGAGAUGGCUCCUUUGGAGUUGUUCGCAGAGGGGAGUGGGAUGCUCCCUCAGGAAAGAAGGUGAGUGUGGCUGUCAAAUGCCUGAAGCCGGAUGUCCUGAGUCAGCCUGAGGCCAUGGACGACUUCAUCCGGGAGGUCAAUGCGAUGCAUUCCUUGGACCAUCGAAAUCUAAUCCGUCUCUAUGGGGUAGUCCUCACUCCCCCCAUGAAAAUGGUUACAGAGCUAGCUCCUCUGGGAUCUCUGCUGGACCGUCUGCGCAAACACCAGGGCCAUUUCCUCCUGGGGACGUUGAGCCGCUAUGCCGUGCAGGUGGCAGAGGGAAUGGGCUAUUUAGAGUCCAAGCGCUUCAUUCACCGAGACCUGGCUGCCCGGAACCUGCUACUGGCCACCCGAGACCUGGUCAAGAUUGGGGACUUCGGACUGAUGAGGGCCCUGCCCCAGAAUGAUGAUCAUUAUGUCAUGCAAGAGCACCGGAAGGUUCCCUUUGCCUGGUGUGCCCCAGAGAGCCUCAAGACCCGGACUUUCUCCCAUGCCAGUGACACCUGGAUGUUUGGCGUGACCCUAUGGGAGAUGUUUACUUAUGGCCAAGAGCCCUGGAUUGGCCUCAAUGGAAGCCAGAUCUUACACAAGAUUGACAAAGAGGGAGAGAGGCUGCCUCGACCCGAAGACUGUCCCCGAGAUAUUUACAACGUCAUGGUCCAGUGCUGGGCCCACAAACCCGAGGACAGGCCUACCUUUGUAGCCUUACGAGACUUCUUAUUGGAGGCUCAGCCCACAGACAUGCGGGCCCUUCAGGACUUUGAGGAGCCUGACAAGUUGCAUAUUCAGAUGAAUGAUGUCAUCACUGUCAUUGAGGGAAGGGCGGAGAAUUACUGGUGGCGUGGGCAGAAUACGAGGACGCUGUGUGUGGGGCCCUUCCCGAGAAACGCAGUGACCUCGGUGGCAGGGCUGUCAGCCCAUGACAUCAGCCAGCCCCUCCAGAACAGCUUCAUCCAUACCGGCCAUGGCGACAGUGACCCCCGACACUGCUGGGGAUUCCCAGACAAGAUCGAUGAAUUGUAUCUGGGAAACCCGAUGGAUCCUCCCGACCUGCUAGCGGUGGAGCUGAGCACCUCCCGCCCCACGCAGCUCCUAGGAAGGGUCAAAAGGGAGCCUCCGCCUCGCCCGCCUCAGCCUGCCAUCUUCGCUCAGAAGCCUACCUACGACCCCGUCAGCGACGAGCAGGACCCGCUGGCCACCGACCUCAAGCGUCUCUGUCUUCGGAAGCCGGGCCUCCCCAGGGGCCUGUGGCUGGUCAAGCCCUCCGCCCGAGUGCCGGGCACCAAGACGGGCCGGGCCGGGGCUGAAGUGUCCCUCAUUGACUUUGGUGACGAGCUCGCGGCGCCGUACCCCAAGCCCAGCGCCCCCUCCCUCGCCCAGCUGGCCAUGGACGCCUGCUCGCUGCUGGACAAAACGCCCCCGCAGAGCCCCACGCGGGCGCUUCCUCGGCCCCUGCACCCCACGCCUGUGGUCGACUGGGAUACCCGCCCGCUGCCCCCGCCGCCAGCCUACGAUGACGUGGCCCAGGAUGAAGAUGACUUCGAGGUGUGCUCCAUCAACAGCACCCUGGUUGGGGCCAGAACCCCCGAGGGGCCUCCCCACGGAGAGACCAACUACGCCUUCGUGCCUGAGGCUGGGCGGCCCCCUCCACCCCUGGAAGACAAUUUGUUCCUCCCGCCCCAAGGAGGGACCAAACCCCCUAACUCCCUGCAGACUGCGGAAAUCUUCCAGGCUCUGCAGCAGGAGUGCAUGCGCCAGCUGCAGGUGCCAUCCUCGUCUCUGGCCUCCUCUCCGAGCCCCGGCGUAGCUGGAGAAGACAAGCCCCAGGUUCCCCCCCGAGUGCCAAUCCCACCUCGGCCCACACGACAGCGAAGCGAGUUGGGCUGCCGCUCGGGGGAACUGUCUCCAGCUUCGGGGGGUGAAGAGGAGCCCGGACGGUGGAGGGGGGCGGCCCCACCCCCUCAGAUCCCCCCGAGGGAGCCCUUCUCUCCCCAGGGCUCCCGGACCCCCAGCCCCUUGGCACUGUCUGGCGGAUCUCCCUUGCCCCCUCGGCUUUCCAGCUCCCCGGGGAAGGCCAUGCCCACCACGCAGAGCUUUGGCUCUGACCCCAAGUAUGCCACACCCCAAGUGAUCCAGGCCCCCGGCCCUCGGACGGGGCCCUGCAUCCUGCCGAUCGUCCGAGAUGGCAAGAAGAUCAGCAACACGCAUUAUUACCUGCUUCCGGAGCGGCCCCCCUACCUGGAGAGAUACCAGCGGUUCUUGCAGGAGGCGCAGAGCCCCGAGGAAGAGCCUCCCUCCAUCCCCGUCCCUCUGCUGCUGCCGCCCCCCAACACGCCGGCCCCCACGGCCCCCACUGCUACCGUGAGGCCCAUGCCCCAGGCCACCCUUGACCCUAAGGCCAACUUCUCAGCCAACAAUAGCAACGCAGGGGCCCGCGCCCCAUCCUUGAGGGCCUCCGCCCGUCUGGUGAAGGGCUGCCCAGGGGACGGGCUGGAGGCUGGGCGGCCCACAGACAAGAUUCAGAUGGUCCAGGCCAUGGUGCAUGGGGUGACCACAGAGGAGUGCCAGGCGGCCUUGCAGAACCACAACUGGAGCAUUCCGAGGGCUGUGCAGUAUCUGAAGGUGGAGCAACUCUUUGGCCUGGGUCUGCGGCCAAGGCAGGAGUGCCAUAAGGUGCUGGAGAUGUUUGAUUGGAACCUGGAGCAGGCUGGCUGCCACCUGCUAGAUUCCUGUGGUCCCGCCCACCAGAAGCGCUGAUGGCAGGUCUGGGGAGCCGGAGAGCCUCACUUAAGGGGGGGUCCUGUUAGUCUGCCUGAAGGAUCGUUUGAGCCUGCCCUGCAUGGCGGGGCCAGGGAGGGGCCGGGGGCACCUGCUGCUACCUUCUCUCCCCCCCCCCCCUUCUUCAGCUAGGCAGAGAGGAUCCAGAAGGAGCGGGAGACUCGGAGGAGGCUGCCCUUUCCCAGUGCUAGUUGUAGCCAUUCCAUCCAUCUGCUUCUCCCAGGGCCGCUGCAGAGGGACAGCCGAGGAGGAACAUGGGGAAGGGGGGGAGGCCCGGGAGGACGAGGGACGGCCCAGGCCCGAGCGCCCCCUUCCCUCCUGCCUCUGCCUCGCUUCCCUCUAGGGACCAGAUUCUAGGGCAGCCCCGAGCUGUCUGCUUGUGUCUGUGGCCUUUCCUCAGCGGGGGAGUGAGGGCAGGCGGGAGAGCCAGAUGCUUUGCUCCCCCCGCUGGAGCUCUUUCUGGGCAGGGGCAGGCCUGGCUGUCCGGGGAGCGAGCUCUCAGGAUACAGACCCCACUGGAUGUUCCUCCUGGGUGGAGGUCACUCGAGGUCGAGAAUUUCAGGAUGUUGGAGGCAGGGAGGAUGUAAGGCCCAUUUCAGGGCGGGGACGGAGCCCCAGGAUGUGCAGAAGGGAACCAAUGCCCCGGCAGCUAACUUGGAGACCAGCGCUCCCAUCCGCCCCACUGCUGUUCUGUUUUCCCCAACCACCUCUGUUGCCAAAGUUGCUGCUGUUGUCCUGCCUCCACACAUCUGCUUCUUCCAGAGAAAUAAAGUUAGUUUCUAUUUUACAUUA